CCCUUUGAUCUACUCUUACUCUCAGAAUCUCAAGGUUACGUGCGAUUUUUGGGCGUCUUCCUCGCCUCUCUUCUCUUCUUCAUUGUACGACUGUUGUGAAAUCGUAGCUCUAGCAACGCCAUUUCAUCCAUUUUCUUCCAAGUUAGAAUUGAAAUUGAAGAAAUCACGCCGCCAAUAGGUUCCGUUGAGCCCCAUUUUUAUGCCUUCAAACUGUACAUGAGAGGUACACUGAGGCAAAAUUUGAAGGAGUGACUGAUUUUCAGGUAACUUGGUUGUCACAUAACUGUUCUGUUCUUUUGGUUACUACAAGCAUCUAACGGGGGACCUAGGUGAGCACUGAAAUUGCACAGAUAUCAACAUGGAUGCCUUGCGUUCAGAAAAGAAAGGGAAGAAAGUGAUUAGGAAGAAUUCAAAGCGGAACUUGAAUGAGGAAAGUGAUAGUCCACAAGUUGAGGUUGAAGGAUAUUCCGGGAGGAGAUCUUGCAUGAUGCCCCUUCUACCCAUUCCCAACAUGGAAAGUAGUUCAAAGGCAUCACUAGUUUUGAGUGGAACAGCUUGUAAAGGAGUAACUGGGCAACCUAUUGGAGCCUUUGACAUUGGCGUCAGCAAAUCUGCAUACUAUUUUCGUGUUGCUCUGCCUGGUGUUAAAAAGGACCCUGGUGAAUUCAACUGUGAGAUUGAACGUGAUGGUAUGGUUCAUAUCCGAGGGGUGACAUCAACUGGCGGAAAAACUGUGUCAAAGUAUUAUCGGGUUUUUGCAAUGACACUUCUGCAGCAGUGCCCGCCUGGAGCUUUCACUCUGUCUUUCAGAUUGCCAGGGCCUGUUGAUCCAAGGUUGUUCUCACCCAACUUUGGAUGUGAUGGAAUUUUUGAAGGCAUUGUUGCGAAGUAUAGCCCGUAGUUGCAUGUAUGCAUGCAUACAGCAGUUUAGACUGGCCUGGUGUACUCUAUCAGCCCUGUAAUCCUGUAUUUUGGUAUUGACAAUAUAAUGUGCCUUUGUACAAUUGUACCGUCUCCCUGCACUACACAUGCACAUGCACUGCACGGCACGGCACGGCACAUGCACAUGCACGGUAGAAGAUGAAGGGUUACAUAGGUGUUGAAAUUACUCUUUGAUGCUAUCAACAAAAUGCUCUGUGUUAC